AUGUCCGUCGAAGGUCUCCUCUCCGAAGUCCGUCACUUCAACGCACACGCUUUGGAGGUCGCUCACGGCGAGCAACUCCACUACGGAGGAAAGCGCGUCUUCUCCGACGUGAAGCCAGGAUGCUCGGGAGCUCAGAAGGGCAGCGAGCUCAAGGAAGCUGUUGGACACGCCAAAUGCCACGCUGAGAAAGCCGUCAACAAGGGAGGAAACAGCGGUGAUGUUUCCCAACUCCAGCAAGAGCACUCCGCCCUCGUCAAGAAGGUUGACCAGUUGGCCAGUCUCGUCGCCGAGCUCCAGCUCGAGAUCUCCACCUUCAAAAAGGGACAGGUAAUGAUAAAUCGUCACGUUUUGAUCCUUGGCGACGGGAAUCUCUCAUUCUCGCUUGCCAUCGCCUCGUCUGACCCUGGAAAUAUCUAUUUUGCGACUGUUUUUGAUUCCCGAGAGGAAUUUAUCAGAAAGUAUCACGCAGACGAUACACUAGCAGCUCUCGGAGCUCUGAAAAACGCUGUUUUGGUGUUCGGGGUGGACGCCACAGAUUUGCCAGCUCGUUGGUGUAACCAAUUCCAUACGAUUAUCAUGAACUUCCCACACCCUGGCGGAAAGACCAACCUGCGGAAAAGCAAGAUCCUGCUGACUGGAAUCUUCAAAUCUCUGCACACAAUCAUGAACAACGACGCCAGAUUCCUUCUGAGCCUUGCCACUGGCCAAUCCGGCAUUGAGAAAGUCGAAAAUCCGUGGAUUUCGGAGCUUCCGACGCAUAAAAAGGAUUCCUGGCAAGCAAUUUAUUUGGGUGCCGAGGAAGGCUUCGUUCUGGAUAGUGUGGAGAUUUUCGAUACCGAGCGGUUCAAGUCGUACAAGUCAUCGGGCUACAAAGAGACCAAGAAGGGAUUCAAUAAUCGAGAAGGGCUGACACUGGGUUUUAAGAAGUGUGAUAAUCAGCAGGAGUCGUUGGAGGACUUCCGAAGAGCCGAAACUGGCGCAAACUCCGGCUUCAACUACUACAGACCAUUUUACACCCAGGAUUUGUCGUUUUUGUUCAAAGAAUCUGAAAUACACGGUGAACGUCUGGCGAUGGAUCUGAUAAAAUCGUUGUCCGGGAACUGUCUCGCUGAAAUCACAGAAGUAGAGAGUCUCCGUUCGAUUUGCCCUGAUCCACCACUACCGAAUAGAAUCUAUCGAAUUAUUUGGCAAGGUUGGAAGCUGCCGAUGGGACGGGAGAUGUGUGGAAGGAUUCAUGAAGAGCUGCGGUGCCGAAUUGAGGAAAGAAUUGAGCAAGAAGAGCUGCCAAUUACCUCCGCUGCUCCAGCUGCUGCUGCUGCUGCUCCAGCCAAGGAAGAGGCUGCUGGCGACGACGACUUCGAUCUCUUCGGAUCCGAAGACGAGGAGGAAGACGAGGAAAAGAAGAAGAUCGUCGAGGAGCGUCUCGCCGCCUACGCUGAGAAGAAGGCCAAGAAGGCUGGACCGAUCGCCAAGUCUUCGGUCAUUCUCGAUGUGAAGCCAUGGGACGACGAGACCGAUCUCGUGGAGAUGGAGAAGCUCGUCAGAAGCAUCGAGAUGGACGGACUCGUCUGGGGAGGUGGGAAGCUCUUGCCAAUUGGAUACGGAAUCAAGAAGCUCCAAAUUAUCACCGUCAUCGAGGAUCUGAAGGUGUCCGUCGACGAUCUGAUCGAGAAGAUCACCGGAGACUUCGAAGACCACGUUCAAUCGGUGGAUAUUGUUGCCUUCAAUAAGAUCUAA